GGCUCGCCCCACUGGAGCGGCCGGCGCCGGGCGCCAUGGAGGGGCUGCGGCGCGGGCUGUGGCGCUGGAAGCGCUACCACAUCAAGGUGCACCUGGCCGACGAGGCGCUGCUGCUGCCGCUCACCGUGCGCCCGCGGGACACGCUCAGCGACCUGCGCGCGCAGCUGGUGGGCCAGGGCGUGGGCUCCUGGAAGCGCACCUUCUACUACAACGCGCGGCCGCUGCGCGACCACCAGACGGUGCGCGAGGCGCGCCUGCAGGACGGCGCGGUGCUGCUGCUGGUCAGCGACCCCAGGUAGUCUGGGCUGGAGGAGGCGGAGCCAUGCUGGAGGGGCCUCCAGGUGCUGCGUGAAGGAGCUGGCGGGCGCGGGCACCAGGGAGGCGCCUCCCCGCCUCCUGGGAGCCUGGGCCUUACUCCAGGUCCGGGCUCCCAGGUGCAGGAGACACCCAGGGCCUCGGGCUGCGGCUGCGCCUCGAACUCUUGAUGGAGCCCUGUCCCGGACCCUGACCUAGGACGUCUGUCCCUGACCAGCUCCACACCCCAGCCGUGGCCUUCCAUCUGUGCUGUGACCUGGAAGCCAGUCUCCUCCCUGUGGACAGCCAGAGGGGACCCCGUGACUGGCACCAGACUGCACCCACCCGAUCCCCCACCCAGCCCCACAGAAGAGGGGCCCCUCUUGCCUCGGACCAUGUGACGGCCACGCCUGCCCCUGCUGCCCCUGCCUGGCGCCCCGUCACCAGCCAGCCCAGUGCAGCCUCCUCCAGGAAGUCCCCUGGGACUGGCUCCUCCGCAGCCGCCAGCACCUGUCCCCUCUGUUCCCACAGGCCUCCUGCUGUGAACAUUCACCAAGUCUCACAUGCCAGAGGGGGACCUGGUGGCCCCAGCCUUGGGCUGGUUCUCGAACCCUGAACAUGCAUCUGUCCCCCUGUCGCUGGGCGGCCUCCCUGUCCCCCUGCGUGGACUCUGGCCUGGGCCGUGCAGCUGCCCCUGGCAGGGUCUCUCCCCACCCCGCGUGGGCCGCGGCUCUGGGCUCUGAGCCCCGGGUCGCGGGCGGAGGCAUCAGUGGCCACAGGGCCUGGGGCGGGCCGGGAGGGCUGCUCCCGCACUCCCGCCAGCCCCCAGCCGAGGAGGGACCCACUGCUCUUCUGCAGGCCGGGCUGGCCGCCGCGCUGGGACGAGGUCCCCGCCGUCCUGGGUGGUCUUCCCGUCCCCACCUGAUCCCUGGCUGCAGCCCAGCCCCGGCUCCUCCCGGAGACCUUCCCUGCGCUGGGCCAGCGAGGCCGCGGCGGCUGCCAAGGACGCAGGGCCCCGGCUCCUGCUCCCUGCCGCCGCCAGCCGCUGCACACCUGCAGCGAGGUGGCCGCCAGGCGCCUGGCCGGUUCACGGAUGGGCUUCAGCUUGCCCAGGGCACCGGCCUGGGACUCCCGCCCAGCCCCUGGAUCGGGCCCAGCCCAGGCAGGACGGCAGGGUCCCUGCUGCCAGGCGGGUGGGGGAGGGGCGUUUUCAGGGCGUUUGACAUUUAACAAACAGUAUGCAAAUCGCAUGCAAAUUGCAUGCAAAUCGCCACCCAUUUCUUAAGGCCCGACAGCGCUGGCGUGGUCUGAAAUAAUAAUGUCGGACCUGUCCCGGGUGAUGGCCUGGUGGGCUGCAGGCCUCCUGCCCGCUCCCUCCCUGCCCCUUCCUUUCUCUUCUCCAGGCCCUCCCCUCCCCCCCUGCUUCUCCCCCUCCCUCCCCUC